UUCUCUUCUUCAGAAGGAUGUUGGCAGUGUUCUGGAUUUCAUGGAGAGGUUAAAGAAUGAAGGUCAAAAAGCUGUUGAUGUGAAUGAAAUUGAAAAGUUUAAAAUGGAGCUGGUAUUUAUUUGUCUGUCCGUUCAGCUACCUUAUUCCAAUUUAGAGCAGUUUGAGGAAAUAAUGAAUUUUGAAUGACAAGUCGUUUCAGAUCUUCUUCGAUCAAUUCUCUGUGAUGUUGAGCCCAACAUGGGGAUUAAAUACGACAUAUAUCAUGUCCUUGCUCGCCUCAGGAACAAUAUUGACUUUUUUAUCAGCUCACGUCAUCGUUCUAAAUCAAGUGCCACCAUGACUAAGGAGCAGUUGAACUUCCUCCUCUUAAAUCUCCAUUGUCCAUCUGAGUUUGCUGGGAAGACUUUUCCAUUACUGACUCAAUAUGAGAUUAUUCAUAAAGUAUGUAACAACAUGAGAGAUUUCCUUGGAAUGAUAGUGAGUGGUUGCAUUGAGCACGAGAUUGUUGAAUAUGUCUUACCUCUAUUUCAAUUAAUGGCUGAGAGAGUAGGAUGCUUCCUAUGGAAUGAUCGAGUAAUUGAUGGAAACUCUCGAGCCUUCAAGCUAGCACAUCUACUCAUGAAGAUUAUUCCAAUUGAAUUGGAGGUGAUGCACACAUGCUAUACAAAUUUAAAAGCUUCAACUUCAGCAGAAGUUGGACGCUUCAUCAAGCUGCUCCCGGAAACCACUACAGACAUACUUAGAGAAUAUCUGAUUCAUCUACAAGAGCACAUGGUAACUGUUAUUACCGCAAGCACUUCAGGGGCUCGAAAUAUUCAUGUCAUGAUAGAGUUCCUAUUAAUUAUUGUUACUGAUGUGCCCAAGGACUUUAUUCAUCAUGACAAAUUAUUUGAUCUUUUGGCACGUGUUGGAGAACUUACCACGAAGGUAUCAACUCUUGUUCGUCACUUAGAAGAAAAAUCAAGGAAUGAAGAGAGUAUUGAUGAAACAAGUCAUGCAAAUCUAGACUUGCUGGAAAAUAUUGAACUCCUCAAGGAAGAUCUCAAACAUGUUUAUUUGAAAGCCCCAGACUCAUCUCAGUGUUGCUUCCCCAUGAGUGAUGGACUGUUCUUCAUGCAUCUGCUACACAUACACUUAAAUGAUCUUCUAGAUUCCAAUUCUUAUUCAAUUGCAUUGAUAAAGAAAGAAAUUGGGCUGGUAAAGGAAGAACUAGAAUUCAUAAGAUCUUUCUUCGUGAACAUUGAUCAAGAACGGUAUAAAGAUCUCUGGACACGUGUUUUAGAUGUGGCAUAUGAGGCUAAAAAUGUCAUUGAUUCAAUUAUCAUUAGAGAUAAUGGGCUCUUACACCUUAUUUUCUCACUUCCCAUCACCAUGAAAAAGAUCAGGCUUAUCAAAGAAGAUGUCUACCAAUUACCGGAGAAGAUUCACAAGAACAAGAGUCUCAUUGUUAUAAACUCUCCCAAGAAUCCACUGGAAGGAAAGUCACUGACAGCUGGUAAAAUAUCUGUAGGUUUUGAGGAAGAUACAGAUUGGAUAAUUAGUAAGCUCACCAGUGGACCGAAAGAUCUAGAUGUCAUUUCAAUCACUGGUAUGCCAGGUUCGGGCAAAACUACUUUGGCGUACAAAGUAUACAAUUAUAAGUCAGUUGCUAGACGUUUCGACAUUCAUGCAUGGUGCAUAGUUGGCCAAGAAUAUGACAAAAGAAAGUUAUUGGAGAAAGUUUAUAAUCAAGUUACUGGCGCAGAUUCAAAAUUGAGUGAGAAUAUUGAUGUUGCUGAUGAGCUUCGGAGACACUUGUUUGGAAAGAGGUAUCUUGUUGUCUUAGAUUACAUUUGGGAUACUGAUACAUGGGAUAAGUUAAUAAGACCUUUUCCUCUAGUUGAGAAUGGAAGUAGAAUUAUUUUGACAUCUCGGGAAAUGGAAGUGGCUUUAUAUGGAAAGCGCAACACUGAUCCUCUUAAGCUUCGGUUGCUAAAAUCAGAAGAAAGUUGGGAGUUAUUAGAGAAAAGGGCAUUUGGCGAAAAGAGUUGCCCUGAUGAACUAUUGGAUGUUGGAAAAGAAACAGCCAAAAAUUGUAAAGGGCUUCCUUUGGUGGCUGAUCUGAUCGCAGGAGUCAUUGCAGGAAGGGAAAAGAAAAAGUCUGUGUGGCUUGAAGUUCAGAAUAAUUUGAAUUCCUUUAUUUUGAACAGUGAAGUUGAAGUGAUGAAGGUUAUAGAAUUAAGUUAUGAUCAUUUACCACAUCAACUAAGGCCAUGCUUCCUUCACUUUGCAAGUAUCCCAAAGGACAAUGCAUCGCACAAACAUUUGUUGAAAAUGGAUUGGCUUAAUGAAGGACUUGUGGAACGGACUGAUAUGAAGAGUGUGGAAGAAGUGAUGGAGGUUUAUUUGGAUAAUUUAAUUUCCUGUAGCUUGGUAAUUUCUUUCAAUGAGAUAGGGUCUUCCCCUACUUGCCAACUUCAUGACCUUGUGCAUGAUUUUUGUUUAAUAAAAGCUAAGAAAUUGUUUGAGAGGAUUAUAUCAAGUGCUCCAUCAUCUUCUUCAGAUUUGAUGCCACGUAAAGUGACCGUUGAUUAUUACACUAAUGUCUUUGGGAUUCACAAUUUUGUCCCAUUCGGUUCAAAAAAGAAAAGGUGUUCCAGUAAACACCUCUAUUCUUUGAGGAUAACUGGAGACAAGCUGGACAACAGUCUUUCUGAUAUAUGUCACCUAAGAGACUUGAGGCUACUUAGAGUGUUGGAACUGUAUUCAAGCAUGGUGAAACAUUCUUUGCUGAAUGAAAUAUGCAUGUUGAAUCAUUUGAGGGCCUUACACAUUGUGACAGAAAUUAAAUAUCUGCCUUUGUCUUUUUCAAACCUCUCGAAUCUGGAAUCUCUGAUGGUGGAAAAUGAUAAAGAAGACAUGGUACUAUUACCGGGAAUUUGGGAUCUUGUAAAUUUAAGACUGCUGUCCAUGGAUUCUUGUUCUUUCCUUGAUAUGGAUACAGAAGAACCAAUACUGAUAACUGAGAACAUAAAGUUAAAGAACCUGCGAAUUUUAGAUCGACUCAUGCUUUCCUAUUCGAAAGAUACAGUGGAUAUUUUCAAAAGGUUUCCUAAUCUUCAACAGCUUAUAUUUAUUCUCAAGGAAUCAUGGGAUUAUUCAACUGAGAGAUAUUGGUUCCCAAGACUGAAUUUCCUAAAUGAACUAGAAAUCCUCAAAGUAGAGUUUAAAAGUUCAAAUUUAAAUCACAGUGGGCCCUCUGUAGGGACAAAUCGGUCGUGGGAUUUUCUCUUCCCUUUGAAUUUGAAAGUAUUGGAUUUGCACGCCUUUCCUUUGACAUCCGAACCACUGUCAACAAUAGCGAGACUGACCAACCUUGAAGAGUUGGCCCUUGUUAGAACAAUUAUCGUGGGGGAAGAAUGGAACAUGCGGGAGGAAGACACCUUUGAGAAUCAAAAAUAUUUGGGAUUGGAAUCCACUCUUUCUAAGUGGGAGUUUUUAGAGGAAUCCUUUCCCGUGCUUGAUAAAAAUAUCCAGGUGCUUGAGGAGAUUCCACCUAGUUUCGGCGAUAUCUGUUCAUUGAAAAUCAUCAAACUUGUAGAGAGCCCUCAACUUGAAGAUUCUGCUCUGGAGAUUAAACAAUAUGUUGAAGAUAUGACAGGAGAAGACAAGCUUCAGAUCCUUGGCCCGAAUAAUAUCCCAUUAUUUAAGUAGCUCUUAAGCAUUAUGUCAUGAGCACCACCAUUAACAUGUUCUUUUCUAUUCUUUUGCUACUUAGAAGUAUCACAUUUAGCUAUAUUGACAAAGUAAUGGAAAAUCAGACCCUUGAAUAUCGGUUUACGGGUUAUAGGUUAUAGUUUUCUUGAAUAUUUGGGUCUCAUAUCAUUAGAUUUUCAACUUUCCUGAAGGUUUAACCAUCUUUACUGCUGCAGGUGGAAACUUUAAGUAUAAGGUUAAUGAGCUUAAAAAAAAGACAUUUGUUUAAUAAUUACACUUUGAUUGAAGGUGAUGCCUUGGUAAACAAACAUGAAAAGGAAGAAGUCAAUGCAGGCAAGGAAAAAGUAAUGGGAAUGUACAAAACAGUGGAAACGCUCUGAUGCAUAUGCUUAGGUGUUUGGACAUGAUUUGGUUGUAAUGAAGUCAGUCGAGGAAAUCAAAUGCAACAAGAAGUGGGAUAUUCGCGUGCAAUGCUAUCUGGCCAUUGGUCAAGAGGAAAAAGCCAUGUUGGAAUAUAGUUGCUGUUGCAGUAAGCUUUACAUGAAGAAUCUGUUAAAAAUCUAAUUCAGGAAGGUCCGGG